AUGGACAACUUGGCACAGGACGCUCUGCUGUCUGACGUCAAGGUUCGCAAAGUCCGACAAGCUGCUCAAGAGUGGCCUUUGACGACGAUGAACUCGUUGCCCACACCUUUAGGACUUACCGUGUUGACCAGGGAUGGUUCGGCCUUUGAAGUCCCAUUGGCUGACGUGGAAAUUCGGAUUAUAAGACUAACUGUCCAAGACGGGUCCGUGAUGAUCGCAAACUCGUCGACCGACGCGAAUGGUACGAUGUGGGCGGACAUCGCGACAGCCGAACAGCUCAUCAUAGUCGCUUCCAAGAAGGGAUACCUGGAUACGUCAUCGACUUACCGUUUCAAACCUGAAGAGAGAAACAUUCAUACCAUCUCGAUGCAGAAGCACUCGAUGAGGAAGGAGAUCACUUGGAUGUCGGGGCUUGAUCGUCUGGUGGAGUUCAGGCCAAGAUUUAAAGGCAUUCCGUACAGUUUUGAAAUUCCAGCAGGCAGUCUUGAUACUCCGGAGCAGAGCCGUGUUGAGUUUAAGUUCCAGGAUGUAGAUACGAGUAAUCCAUCCGAACUGAGGCAGGCUCCUGAGCUCAUUGGAGCUGUAGACUCAUCGGAAGGAACCACACUAAUAGGCUUAGCAGUCUUCUCUAUGGCUGAGCUGACAGUGGUCAAUAUGGACAACGAACAACCAGUCGAUCUUAUGCUGCCAUUCGAAGCCGAGUUCCCUCUUAGCCGAAAACCCCGGGGUACUCGUCAAGGGAGUCGCAUACCAGCGUGGUACUUUGAUAAAACGACAGGCGUUUGGAGGAAAGGAGGCGUUGGCAAAGUGAGACUUGAUCGGUUUAAAGAGCCGGUGUGGAGCUUCGAGGCAAGGCAUUUUACCUGGUGGGGUGCUAUGCAGCCCUGGGCGUGA